AUGCUGCCCUUCCAGGAGCAGAUCAUAGCGGAGCUGCUAGAUGAACCAGGCGGGGGGCUCGUCGUCCUCUCCUCGGGCCUUUCUCUCGAAACCCUCGUCUCCGCCCUCCUCCGCCUCCACUCCCCUUCCCAGGGAACCCUCCUCAUCCUUUCCGCCUCCGAGUUUCAGAAGUCCUCCGUUCUACAGUGUCUCCGCCGCUCCCCUGAUCUCCAGUCCACUCAUGGCGCCCUAUCUCCGGUUCCUGCUGAAAUUCCCGGGGAUCUUCCUUCGCACCACCGCUCCUCACGUUACACUAGCGGUGCGGCUUUCUUUGUAUCCCCCCGCAUUCUCAUCGCCGACCUUCUCACUUCCCGCUGCCCUCCGUCCGCUCUUGCUGGACUCAUCAUCUUCAAUGCUCACCAACUCGCUGACACUUCCACCGAGUCUUUCAUUGUGCGCGUCGUCCGCUCUGCCAACAGGAAUGCCUACGUCCGCGCCUUUACGGAUAGUCCCCAGGCUAUGGUCGCGGGCUUUGCGAAGGCCGAGCGCACCAUGAGGUGGCUUGGUGUGCGCCGUCUCCAUCUCUGGCCGCGCUUCCAGGUACAGGUGUCGUCUGAUCUCGAGGUCAGCCCGCCUGAAGUGGUCGACGUUCGGGUGCCAAUGACAGGGGCUAUGCGGGGGAUACAGGGGGCGAUACUUGGGGCGAUGGACGCUUGCCUCAAGGAAUUGCGACUGACUAACAAGGUUGAUGUUGAGGAUCUCACCGUGGAGAAUGGACUCUUCAAAUCGUUUGACGAAAUCGUGAGGCGACAGCUAGAUCCCAUCUGGCACACACUAGGUAUGAAGACAAAGCAGCUUGUUGCCGAUCUGAGGACCCUGCGCAAGCUUGCUGAUUAUCUUGUGAGGUAUUUGCUGGGGAAAGACUCAUUUUACCCUCCUUUCGAUUGAAAUUACUUUAGACAAAUGGCUUGCCUGCGACAAUCCUGGGAUCAUCCGAACUUAGGAAGUCUCCUUCCGCCAUCUCUACUCUCACAAAAAUUCAAAUGAAAAUAUGAGGGCUUCUUUGUAUUUUAUUUUAUCUGAAUAUCUCUUUGCGAGCGUACGUGUUCGUUAUGGAUCACUGGUGUGCCCAAAAUUUCGGCAGGUAUGAUGCUGUGACUUACCUGAAGUAUUUGGAUACGCUGAGGGUGUCAGAAGGGGUCCGAUCAGUCUGGAUUUUCGCAGAUUCAAGUCACAAGAUUUUUGAAUUUGCAAAACGGCGGGUCUAUCAAGUGGUGCGAGAAGGGUUGAAACUCAUUGGUGGUGCUGGCAUAGGAAUCAAAAGGAAGAGACAAAAAGGAGAUAACAGGGAAGAGAGCGCAGGUGGGUGAUGAUUUUCAUAGGCUUUUUAUUUCAUCAUAAAAAAAGAACGAGAGUGUAAAUGAGUCCCACAAUCAAUUUUAUUUUCAUUUUCUAAGUUAGUCAACAGAUUCAGCCUUUCACGAGCUGGAAAAUAUUCUACACAUCCGGUGUUAUGGAUGACUUUCUUUGUUUAUUUAUAUCCUCUUAUAUUACAUUGUUGAGCUCUCCUUUUUCUAAAAUAGGGAAUGGUGAAAGAGGAAUAGACAUUGGGGUGGUAUUGAAGGAAGUUUUGGAGCAAGCACCAAAGUGGAGGGUGUUACGUGUGAGUGAGUCAAGCAACACUAUUAUUCUUAGUCACCAAUUCUUCCGUGCACAUGUCUUUGUGGAAGAGAUUUCCUUUCACGAAGAAAAAAAUGUUUUUCACCUUUUCAUGAAUAUUAGUUUCUCAAUCUUCUUAGACGUUGCUCAAUAUAUAUUACCCAUCCAUGAACAACGUUGUGCACUUUUCUUCUGUGGUAUAUCAGUAGAAUAAGCUUUCCAUUCUUUUCAUUUAGGAAUUGCUUGAGGAAAUAGAAGAAGAGAGGCAAAAGAAUGUUUUUUCAGGUGAUGCUAAACUUGAAAAUUCAAAUGACAAUAGUGGUAUCAUUUUGGUGGCCUGCAAGGAUGAACGAUCGUGCAUGCAAUUGGAAGAAUUCAUUGAAAAAGGUUCACAGAAGGUAUGUAGUGCUAUGUACUUAUAAUAUGAAUAUUUAUAUUUAGUUUCCGCUAUCAGUUAUGGUUCAUAUCCAUGAGAUUCUGUCUCCUCACUCACACCCACAUACACACAAACACAUUCUUGUGUGCAUACGUCCUACCUGUUUUAUGGUAUAUCUUUGCGUUCGUUGACAAUGUUUUCUCUUAUACAUACCUUGUCUUACACUUGUAUAUCUCAUGGCUAAUUAGUUUUGUGUUAAAAAUAUUAAUUAUUUGAAUUUUUCUUGGAGAUCCAUGUUAGUCUUUUGGGUUUAGUCUCCAUCUGUAAUUUUCUACAUUGUUGAGACGAGCCUAAUACGUUGGUUUGUACAUGAUAGUAGGUGAUAAAAUAUAUUCAUCAGAAGGAAGAACUUAUAUCUUUGAAUUAAAUCAAUGGGCCUAUACAUUUUACUGUUUAUUGAUUUUCAAUUAAAUGAGUCGGUUCUUCAAAAAACAUUAAUUGACACUCUUUGAUCAAACCCAGUAUGAUGGGAUAUUUUUUUUAUAUGUCCGGAAUUACGUAGCCAUGCUUUAUUUCCAGUAAGAUCGGAUAAUUUAUCUAAGUGUAACACUACAUUAUUCUCCAGGUCACUCAGGAGGAGUGGAAGAAGUAUUUGCUAGAUAAGGUUGAAUCACUUGGUCUUCGGAAGAAGAACAAGAAGAUGUCUCAAGCUCCUGAAGGUUUUGGAGUUCUAAAUGCAGAAACUCCAGUCGGGCGAGGGGAAAAUACAGGCUUCAAUAGCAUAAGCCAGCUGGAGAAUGAUGCCCUCUUGACAGCAGCAUCAGAAAUUAUCAAUUCAGCAGAAGUGAAAGCUGUUUCUGAGUCUACUUCUGAUGCACAUGCUGAGACGAAGAGACAUGGGAAAGGAAAAGUAGGAAAAGGAAAGGCUCGCAGAUGUGUAGAAGCUGUUCUAAUGUCUGGUGGAAAAAAUAAAAUAAAUAAAAUAAUGGAUGCUACAAAAUCUAAGGUAGAAGUCAAAAGCACUCUCCAUGGCGAAUGCGGUGUAGUGGAUGUGGGUGGUUUGGAAGAAAGUACGGAUGACGGACCUUCUUCUGAAACUGUUGCCCACAAGCACAAUCUCCUCCCUGAUCAGACAGUUUGCUCAGUUAAUAAGCCACUCCCACCAGUGCAGUUGUAUGCACUAGAAAGUGGCCAAAAUAUACUCGAUAGCUUGAAACCCUCUGUAAUUAUUGUUUAUCAUCCAGAUGUGAGAUUUGUGAGGGAAAUUGAAGUCUACAAGGCUGAGAAUCCUUCAAAGGAGUUGAAAAUCUACUUUUUGUUUUACGAGGAUUCCACAGAAGCUCAAAAGUUUGAGGCCAGCAUACGGAGGGAGAAUGCAGCAUUCGAAUCUCUCAUAAGGCAGAAGUCCCUAAUGAUGAUCCCUGUUGACCGGGUAUCUGUGCUUUAUUUAUUUCAUACUGUGGUUGUAUUUUGUAUUCUUUUUCUCUUAAUUUCUAUCUAUUAUCAAACCUUUUAUUUGUAUUUUUUUGACUGCAUAGCCUAAAUGGAUGCCCUUUAAAAAGGUGCAUGAACUUUAUGAAAGAUCGUUUUGCAUACUAUUGAAUGCAUUAUGGUGUCAAUUCCCUGUACAGUAUUCUUGCAUUUGUCUGAUAUGUUGGUAAUGGUAACAAUAUUUCCUGUAAAAUAUUAAUACGUUAAAGGCCAAUCAUGGAGUUCUUAACUGGUGUCUAUCUCGUUCAUAUACUUGUCAGCAUUGUAAGGCUUACCGUUUCAUCAUGGGGUUGGCUUAAAAGAAUGAAGGAAUUGAAAGAUUUAGUGAAAACAUAUGACACCAAAUCCAUGGAAAGUGGUAUUAUGUGCCUCGUCAUGAUAAAUAGCCGCAUGGGGAUCUGUCAUUGAAAGAACACUAUUCUAUGUGUCCCAGUUUCUGUUAUUCCAAAUAUUCAGGGGUACGGGAUUGACCUUCCUCUGCAAAUUGGAAUGACUAAGCCUUGUCAUCAUGCUCACACUAUUCCUGGAAAAUUCAUGAAAUGUAUUACCACAACUAAAUAUCAUCUCAUUACGAUAAGAGUACGAAUCAAAUGCUAAGAUUAUACACGGCACAACGUGAUGUAACAUAACCAGGACAUCUUUAUUCACUCGUCACUGAGGUUAAAACUUUUAGUCCAGAUUUUAUGUAGUUGAUGAAACACCAUAAAAGAUCAGCUUUAUGUUUGUCAAUUCCCAGACAAAUACUUAUCUAAUAUAAGUUAAUUAUUAUUAAAAAAAAAAUUAAUCCAAAAUUAGCCUUAUUGCGAUUCUUAUUACCAGUUUCUUAAAUUCAUUUUCAUCUACAUUUGUCAGCCUCUCGAUGUUGUUCUAGCAUCAUAAAAAUACCAAGUAUGCAACCCAAGGAGCCCUGUAUUACAUUCGUAAACCAUCUCCUUCGAUCCAUGUCAAUGCAAUUCUACUUAAUUAAUUUUUCUUUCCAAAGUAUCCCUUGAAGAUUGCCUAUAUUCCUGUUAUUUUGGAGUCUUUUGCCACAUUGGUGCUAUCAGGUGCCUGCCAUUUCCAAUUUCGUUAUUUUGGGUCACUUGUAAUCAAAUUACUGCCUUUUUUGGGAAUAGGGUUCAGGUGUCAGUUUGUUUUCUAUGCAGAGGUUGCGGCUUAUGAUAUAAAUUUGAGAACUAAAUCUCUGUAGCUAUCCGGUUUAAGGCAAUUUGAUAUUAUUCAUCUUCCUUUCGCAUUUUUGUUGUUUUUUUUAUUUAAUCAUACAGAACACAUUAUGUAUCGUCAUCCUUAAUUUUCAAUUUCAGGACGGACAUAGCUUUGGAUUAUCUGCUACCAAAGAAUCACAAUCGUUGGUCUCACAGAAUGCAAUCACCAGGAAGGCAGGUGGUAGAAUUGCUUCAGAAAAAGAGAUGCAGGUAAUUGGUACAGAGAAGCAUGGGGCCUUCUUUUUCCCUUUUUGGGAUCUGCAUCUCCUCCCUUGUUGUAAAUUAUUCCGACUAAAUCUCUAUCUCCGCAGGUCAUAGUGGACAUGAGGGAAUUCAUGAGUAGCCUUCCCAACGUUCUCCAUCUGAGAGGCAUGCGGGUUAUCCCCCUGACCUUGGAAGUUGGAGACUACAUACUCUCACCAUCAAUUUGUGUUGAAAGGAAGAGCGUUAUGGAUCUCUUUCAAAGCUUCACAUCUGGGCGUUUAUAUAAUCAGGUGGAGACUAUGGUCCGUUACUACGAAAUUCCUGUCCUUCUUAUAGAAUUCUCGCAGGACAAGAGCUUCUCCUUUCAGGUACUGUCACCCUCUAAUAAUAGUAAAUAUUUGGGAUAUUUAGAUGCUUUGCCAUCAUGCUACGUUUCUUGUUUUAAAAUUUCAGUGAAAAUAUCAACUAAAUUUCCAGCAAUGGAUUCCUUUUAAUUGAGCUGAGGAGGCUCUCCUUGACCCAUUAAGUUGAACUUCAGCAAGCAGGAAGCUUUAUAGUUUCCAUAAACAAGUUUAUUGCCUCAUGGGGAAUAGAUUGCGAUGGUGCGAUAAGAAUUCGGAGGAACUGCUCCAUCCUCAGCGAUAGAAAAUUCAUGUUAAAACGUCUGGCUGUGUUGGUUUCCUAUGAGUGAUUAUAGAGAAGGGAUCAUUACAUAAAUGGAACCUCCCCCUCUGUAAAUUAUCUAGCACUCUUGUUUCCAUUCUCCAUUUGGGUCUUUGUUCCUGACUGAUCUCACUAUUUUUGUCAUCUUUUCGAUGAAUAUGAUAUGGAGCAGUCGUUUUGAGGAUUUUUUAUUUUCUCUUUUUCAGUCUGCGAGUGAUAUUGGCGGCGAUGUCUCGCCCACCAACAUAAUUUCCAAGCUCUCAUUGCUUGUUCUUCAUUUCCCCCGGCUCCGCUUGGUAUGGUCCCGCAGUGUGCAUGCCACAGCAGAAAUCUUUGCCUCACUGAAGGCCAACCAGGAUGAACCUGAUGAAACCAAGGCGGCACGGGUUGGUGUCCCUUCUCAUGAUGGCAUCAUAGAAAAUGAUGCAAGGUAAACCUGUGGCCAUUUUUUUUGUCAAUAAUUAAAUAUUUAAUUAUCGAAUUACUUAUUUUGCAUUUAUAUUUAUGAUAUAAUUAUAAUUUUCUUAUUCAAUACUGCAAUUUAUUUACGACAUGCUUUCUUGGAAUGUGGCUUAAAUCUGAUUAAGGAGCUUACUAUAUGAGUAAAGGCAUAAAAUGGGUUCACAUUUAUUCACUAAGCCUUAGAUCAUUAGUUAUUUGAGUAUUACUAUUAUUUUCGGUUAUUCGAAUAUUUAUUUAAGGGGUAAAUGAGUUUAUAUUCGUAUAUAAAUAAGUAAAUUUCUGAGUGUUUAGGUGCUUAUGUGUUUAAAUUAAUGUGUAUAACUAAAUUUGUUUAUUUCAUAAUCCAAUCCAUGUACCAAACACUUUCAGCAUGAUGCCUUCAGAUUUAUCAAGCAGCUCAUUAUAUGGCUCAGCGUAGAAAUUUCAUUCAUAUUUAUAAAAUAAUAUCUAAAAGUGUUAAUUUUGCAAACUAUCUAUGUUGGAUUUAUAUUUAUGAGUAUGAAUUUAUUUUUAUGUAUUUCAGAUUGCAAUCUCUGUUCUACACUUAUGAAAGAGCUUACUGUGUCACUCUGAGACAAAUUGAUUCAGAUUUUACAAAUGCUAAUAACUAAUUUACCAGUCAAGUAUUAUGUUAUAUUUAAAUCAAAAAGUAUGAUUAUAGUUUUUAUUCAUUUCAAACGGUUCCAUGGAAGGUAGAUGAAUGAUUGUGCCCAUUAUAUGUAUGAUUCAGGGCAGAAAAUUACAACACGUCAGCAAUCGAGUUCUUGAGGCGCCUUCCAGGGGUGACUGAUUCCAACUAUCGGGCUCUGAUGGACGGCUGUAGGAGCCUAGCAGAGCUCGCCCUUCUUCCUACGGAGAGACUUGCAAAGCUCAUGGGAGGUCAGAAGGCAGCUCGAACUCUGAGGGAGUUCCUCGAUGCCAAGUGUCCGACCAUGUUAUGA